AUGUCUGAAGUCGCGCCUGCGAUCGAGCCUUCUCCAGUUAAGGCUCGGCCUUUCGGCAGGACGAAAUCUGUCAGUGAGCUUCUUGGUGGAGGGAAAGUUGCCGACACUUUGCUCUGGAAGGAUUGGAAGUCGAGCUCUGCAAUCCUGCUGUCCGUCGUCGCUCUGUGGUUUUUUUUUGAACGAUCGGGGAUGACCCUUCUCACAUUGGCUGCUGAUGGCCUCAUGAUCGUGGUGACGACCUUCUUCCUUUGGGCUCAAGUGGCUUCUUUCUUGAACAAGUCUGGACCCCCCCUCCCGGAACUCAAGGUUUCCGAGGACUCAAUCAGCAAGUCGGCGAUCUAUAUCCGUGACGAGAUCAACACAAUGCUGAAGCUUGCACACGACGUCGCCCUCGGGAAGGACUACCUCCUCUUUGCCAAGGUGCUCGCCGCUCUUUACGUGGUCGCAGUUGUGGGUGCAUGGUUCCACUUUCUCACCCUCGUCUUGAUUGCCAUUGUCACCGCCUUCUCUCUUCCCGCUCUGUAUGACAAGUUCGAGGACCAGGUGGAUGAGCAUCUUGAGAAGGUUCUGGCAGAAAUGGAUAAGAUCUACAAGCUCGCUGAGGAGAAGAUCCGGGGUGCUCUCAACAAGCCCAAGUCUAAGAAGACUGAGUAG